UGUUCAGGUGCCAGUAAAUUUGGGGAUUCGUAUAGUGCCUGAAAAAAAGGCAGAUGUUGUUGAGAGGUUGGGGAAAUAUGUGAAAACAGUGACUCCUGGAAUUCACCUUUUGGUCCCUUUCGUUGAUAAAAUUGCAUACGCGCAUUCAGUCAAGGAAGAGGCUAUUCCAAUACCUGGUCAGACCGCCAUUACUAAGGACAAUGUCAGCAUUUCGAUUGAUGGUGUUCUCUAUGUCAAGGUUAAAUAAUCUCUGCUUGCCAUUGUUUUUCAUUUUUAUUACUCAGUAUUGAAGGAUUUAGGUCUGAAUUUAAAAUGCGGGGAUGAUGCGAUUACUUUGCUUUGUAAUUGUAGACUGUGGACCCGAAAUUGGCAUCAUAUGGAGUUGAGAAUCCGUUGUAUGCUGUAAUUUAACUAGCACAAACAACUAUGAGGAGUGAGCUUGGUAAAGAUCACACUUGAUAAGACCUUUGAAGAAAGGGACACUUUGAAUGACAAGAUAGUUAUGGCCAUAAAUGAUGCUGCAAAAGACUGGGGAUUGAAAUGUCUUCGUUAUGAAAUAAGUCGGUGGGGCUGCUGUUCUGGUGACUUGUUGAGUAUUACAAAAGCAUUCAUGGUUCUUCAUUGCUAAAUAUAUAUGUUUCCUCUGCAGGAGAUAUAUCUCCUCCCUCCUGGGGUUAGGGCAGCUAUGGAGAUGCAGGCUGAAGCAGAACGUAAAAAAAGGGCUCAAGUUCUUGCGUCAGAAGGAGAGAGGCGGGCAAAUAUAAACAUCGCUGAUGGGAGGAAGAGCUCGGUGAUCCUUGCCUCCGAAGCUGCAAAGAUGGAUCAGGUCAACAGAGCACAAGGUGAAGCUGAAGCCAUACUCUCAAGAGCACAAGCUACAGCAAAAGGAAUUGCCUUAGGUGCCGUUUGGCCAUAAAAAUUAUUCACUUUUUUCCGGAAAUUUUUUUCACUUUUGGGUGUUUGGCCAUAAAUAUUCCGAAUACAACCUGAAGUUGUAUUCCGGAAUACCAAAAACUCAAAAAACUUGUUUUAAAAAAAAAAAAUCACUUUUUUACAACUACAUUUCACCAAAAACUACAAUUUCAAAAACUAUGGCCAAACACAACUCCAACUUCAAAAAUUCCAAAAAAAAAAAAAGUGAAUUUGUUUUUGUUAUCUAUGGCCAAACGCCUACUUAGUGUCAUGAACGCUUAAAGAGCAUGGAGGUGCAGAGGUGAAAUCCUUGAAUUCAUGCCCAAAGUCUUGUUCCUAUGACAUGUAACAAGAUUUUGGAGAAAGAUAUGCUUCACUAAAUACAUCAACUUGGAUUUGUAAUAUUACCUUUGAUUGCAUUGAUCUAUUGGACUUUGUAGGCAGCAAGCUUGAGGAUUGCAGAGCAGUACAUCCAAGCUUUCAGUAACAUUGCAAAGGAGGUGAAGCAUGAUAGAUACCAUCUAAUUUAGUCCAACGUCAUGCAUUACUGUUUUGCUAAUCGUUUUUAUUUUCUGUGUUUCCCUUUUCAAUUUUAUAGGGCAC